AUGUGGAUGCUGCCGUCAAUAUUCCAUUUGGCUAAUUCAGACGAUGAUGGAAUGGUCUCCCACAAACUAGAGAAAAUGAGGAGCAUAUUGGAAGAGUCGAUGCUGGAAAAUCGACCGCGACUUCCCUGCAUAUCCCUUAGCAAGCGAAAUCGGGCUGUCGUGCGGGCUCUUAACCCAAUGCUGGUGACCUAUUUGGAAGCCAGCCGGGACCUGUGCGAGACGGACUCAAUUCUUUUUGGCGCCGCACUGGCAGUAUGCCGUAUUAUUGGCGCCAAACUUCCCGUGGCUGGACGUGCUACUCAAAAAAGUAGCGCCAUCCCAACCUGA